AUGGCAAACGAUCCGCGGACAAGUGUCGAGAUUGGGUGCAGUUGUUAUUUGUGUGCCAACAAGGAGAGGGUCAUCAGCAAAAAGCGGAUACCGUGGACAACCAUAUGCAAAAUCGUUCUUGUUGCGUUAGAAAAUAUUGAGAAAAAGCAAUUUUAUUCUGCACAUGAUGACAUUUAUCCUUUCGUCACAAAGCAUUGGGCGAUACUUGGGAAGUUACCUCAGUUCAGCGCAAGGAACAAUUGGAGAAAGGCAUUACUCGACUCAAUGAAUCACUGCGGAAGCUUUGAAAGCACGACAGACAAAAAGAGAAUGGGGUUGUGGCGACUACGUUCGGACGAGUCCGAGAAGAUCAAUUCACAGAAAAAGCUUCUUGAAAAAAAGGAGAAAAAGACCGCAAAAGUCGAGACGACUACGUGUAAAACAACACCAAAACAAAUCGAGAAGUUUUCAACGGGAAUUUCAAUCGCUAAAGACGAAAAAUACACAUCGACAGAGAGUUCAAUCUCGGUCGACCCACAGCAAAAGUUGACAACGAUGUACCAAGAUCUUGAGAAUGUCAUUUCCCAUUCGUUCAGUCUUAUUUGCCUUUUAGACGUUGGGGACAAUCAAAAAAUUCACUUCAACACUUCACACCAAAUAAUAUCGUCCGUUACAAAACUAUCGUACUUGGCAACACAAGAAAAUGAUGUGGCAAAGAGUUUACCACUGCCGCAAACGUCUUAUGUUGCAUUUCGCCUUUUGUAA